AUGGUCCGCGAUCCUGACAGUCCCGUUGUACACCGUCUCCUCCAGGCUCUGACCUUGGAGGAGAAGGUCUCCCUUCUAGCUGGUCGGAAUAUGUGGGAAACCACGGCCAUUGAUCGCCUGGGAAUUCAUUCCUUGAAAAUGACUGAUGGCCCAGCCGGACCCCGCGGGUCCAAAUGGAAUUAUGGCUCGCCGACAACCUUCAUCCCCUGUGGAAUCUCCCUAGCAGCGACCUGGGACCCCACGCUCGUGGAGAAGGUUGGCACAGUGCUAGGUGAUGAAACUCGAAGCAAAGGCUGCAGAACUCUCCUUGCCCCCACCAUGAAUUUGUCGCGCUCGCCUCUCGGUGGUCGCAACUUCGAGGGCUAUGGAGAAGAUCCCUUCCUCGUCGGCACAAUGUCUACCGCUAUGAUUCGCGGCAUCCAGACUAGCGGAGUCGGUGCGUGCAUGAAACACUUUAUUCUAAACGACACUGAAACUCGACGGUUUAACGUCGACCAGAAGAUUGAUGAACGCACCCUACGGGAAGUGUAUAUGAAGCCCUUUUCGAUGGCGUUAAAGGCGGAUCCUUGGACCGCAAUGGUCAGCUAUCCAUUGGUCAAUGGAGUUCAUGCCGACGAAAGCCAUGCUAUCCUUCCACAACUUCUACGUGAGGAGCUCCAAUUCGAUCGCUUGGUGAUGAGCGAUUGGGGUGGAUGCAAUAGCACUGUGGAAAGUCUCAUUGCCACGACGGAUCUCGAGAUGCCGGGCCCCCCAAUACGGCGCGGGGAGCGACUUUUGGCUGCGAUCCACGAGGGCAAAAUCAAUGAAGCCGCCCACGUUAACCCUAGCGCAAAGCGGGUGUUGCAACUUCUAGAAAAGGCAGGUCUACUACCUUCGCUCGCUGAACUAGACGAGGGUCUAGUCCAGGAUCACAUCAAUCUGGAGAAACCUAAGGACGACACCACAUUUCACCAAAUCGCCCGCCAGGCCGCCCAAGCGGGCCUUGUUCUUCUUAAGAACCAAGAUGUUCUUCCUUUCCAGCCGUCAUCUUUAAAAAGCAUCGCCAUUCUCGGUCCGAAUGCGUGCAAGCCCACGGCUGGUGGGUCGGGAAGUGCCGCUGUCACUCCGUUCUACCUCACGACGCCGGAGAAUUGCCUUAGGACAGCCCUCACUUCCAGCAAUCCUGAUAUACAUAUCACAUACGAGCAAGGGUUGCCUUUCACAAUUCGCCCGCCCCUAUUAGGAGACUCCCUUUCCGUUCCAGACCUCUCUCAGCAAGGCCUCCAAGUUGACUUCUAUGCCGGCCACUCGUUCGACGGAUCUGUGGUAUCAAGCAGUCUAUGGCCAAACUCGCUUGUAUAUAUGAUGAGUGACGGCGACGUACCUCCAAGUUUGAAAGGCAAACAAUAUUCCUAUCGCGCCACGGGGGUUAUCAAACCUCAGAUUUCCGGAAAUUAUACAUUGAGCGUGGCCAACACAGGCAAAGCCAAAGUCUUCUUCGAAAAGGGGCUUCUGAUCGACAAUACGGAGUGGACGGAAGUAGCUCCCAGCAACGGCUUCCUCGGAUGCUCAAGCCCGGACAAAACAGCGGUCGUCGAAUUAAAAGCCGGUUGUUCCUACGACCUCUCUGUGGAAAAUCUUGUCACUUUGCCACCCAACCAGAAUCUCGACAAUACUCUCUUCCCUAACGUGUCAGGCCUCCGUCUCGGCCUUGCUCUCCAUGAAAACGAGCAGGGGAUGUUCGACCGGGCUGUAGAAGCCGCACGUAGGUCUGACAUGGCCGUCGUAGUGGUCGGCCAUAACAAAGACUCCGAGGGGGAGGGAGGUGAUCGAGUGAGCUUGAACCUGCCUGGCCGCACAAAUGAUCUCGUGAGUGCCAUCUGUGCUGCCAACCCAAACACCGCUAUUGUUGUGCAGUCCGCUAGCCCGGUUAGCAUGCCGUGGGUUGAGCAAGCACGCGCUAUUGUACUGGGAUGGUACCAGGGACAAGAGAACGGUCAUGCUUUAGUGGAUGUACUACUUGGCAAAUGCAACUUCUCCGGAAAGACUCCUAUCACAUUUCCCCGCCAGUUAUCGGACCACGGAUCAAGCAGAUGGCAUCCCGCAGAGGCGGCGCAGGACCGCUCCGUCAUUGGUGAGAAAGUUCUUAUCGGUUACAGAUCGUUUGAGGAGCGGGAAGUUGCUCCUUUAUGGCCGUUCGGGUUUGGACUCUCAUACACAUCUUUCAGUCUAUCUGAAAUUCGUCUUGACGGGCAAAUGACCACCUCUAUGGACUCCAUGAUUGUUAUCAAUGCCUGCUUAUCAAAUGAUGGGGAGCGUGAUGGACAUGAGGUGGUACAAGUCUAUAUCUCGCCAUCGAGCCAAAUUCGAGCCAAGGGACUGGAGAGUUACCCGAAGACUCUUGCGGGAUUCAUUAAGACUUGGGUGCCAGCAGGAGAAACGCGUGAUGUGCGAAUCACUGUUGGCAGUGAGGAACUAAGAUGGUAUGAUGAAGAAGUAGGCAACUGGAUACUGGACCCGGGCACCUACAGCUGCUUUGUUGGGACCAGCGUUGCUUCUAUUGAGAAGACACUGUCAUUUAAGGUAAUUUAG